AUGGGUCCCUGGACAGCCCUGCUGGUGGCGUACCUCCUCGGAGGCGUCACCUUUGUCCCGCUGCUCCUCGGCCUUGUCCUGCUACACGCCCACUAUACGCUGCCCUUUUGGUGGGACAUGGAUGGCGGCGUCGUGCUGGAUGGGCACCCUGACAGCGUGGUCCAGGACGGGGACGAUACGGCCGCGCUCGCCGCCCACCGAGCCAAGCAAAAAGAGGAGGAGAGGGGUGACAAAGGCGGCGACGAUGAUGGGCGGAACAGGCGGAAGAGGGACUCCGACGCCCACGAGAUCGAUGUCGCCGCGGGAUACUUUGCCGUGUGUAGAGAAUACACGCUCAUGGGCAUCAACGCGAAGCCUAUCGAGCGGGCCACACCCGUCGGCACCGCCACAGUCGCGCCGCCGAGCCCCAGCGUUUACCAGACCAUGUACAGGAGCCUCUUCGAAAAGAAGCCCGUCCCGGGGCCGAUUGAGAACAACAGCAUGAGCCACAGGCCGAAGAAGGCCGGCAAUGUAUUUUACGUGGUAUUACGACACGGCCACCUUAUGCUCUUCGACGACGAGGAGCAGCUCGAGGUUCGACACGUCAUAAGCCUCGCCCACCACGACAUCAGCAUAUAUUCAGGCGGCGACGACACCCCCGAGGGCGAGCUGUUCAUCAAGCGCAACGCCCUAUGCCUAACGCGCCGCCAUCCCGCCGCCGACGAUGCCGGGCCCGUCGCCAAGCCGUUUUACCUAUUCUCCGAGAACUGCUCCGCCAAAGAGGACUUUUACUUUGCCCUGCUCAAGAACCAGGAGCAGACGUUCCCCGGCCUCGACCGCUGCCCGCCCCCGCCCAAGCACUUUGAUAAUAAGGACAUCAUCGCACUUUUGCAGCGCCUGCACUCCAAAGACGAAGGCGUUCACACGCGCUGGAUCAACGCACUGCUGGGCCGCAUCUUCCUCAGCGUCUACCGCACCAAGGACCUGGAAAACUUCAUCGCGAGCAAGAUUACUAAGAAGAUUGCCCGCGUCAAGACGCCGUCGUACCUGACCAACAUUGCCAUCCGCAAGAUCGACACGGGCACGGCCGCGCCCUCCCUGCACAACGUGCGCCUCAAGGAGUUCAAGGUUGAGGGGGACUGCAUAAUCGAGGCCGAUAUGCGCUACGACGGUGGUUUCCGGCUCGAGGUUGCCGCCACAGCCAAGAUCGACCUCGGCGCGCGCUUCGGCGGCGCACGCGGGGUCAACCUCGUGCUCGCCGUCGUCCUGAAAAGCCUCGAUGGCCACGUUCUCUUCAAGGUCAAGCCGCCGCCCAGUAACCGCCUCUGGCUCUCCUUUCAGUCCAUGCCUAAGAUGGAGCUCGCCAUCGAGCCCGUCGUGAGCAGCCGCCAGAUCACCUACAACGUCAUCCUCAACCAAAUUGCCAGUCGCAUCAAGGAGGUCUUUGCCGAGACCCUCGUUCAGCCCUUCUGGGACGACGUGCCCUUCUUCCGCACCGAGCACAAGCAGUGGCGCGGCGGCAUCUUUGAGGGUGAUGAUGCCGUUGAGGGUGAGGACGCGUCUGCUGCCGAGGCUCCGACACCGCUGCCACCACCAGCUGUGCCGAUUCCCGAUGUUGACGGCCCCUCGGAUACAGUUGUUGUCGGGGAGGAUACUCAGCUAGCUGUUGUGGCCACAGAACCGCCUGUCUCUCCCCGACCUGUGGAGAAGAGCCAGACGAUGCCCACGCUUGAGAGCCAGCAGACACCCGCCACGGGACUUUUUGGGCGUCGACUCGGCGGGAGCAAGCUCGGUGCAAAUUCGCCCGCUGCCGCCUCCGCGGUUAGCCUCGACGCCAAGGGCGCCGCCGCAACGACGUCGCGAUCGCCCAACAUCAUCAAGCACAGCAGCGUGGAGCCAAUUGUCGGCACUGAAGCUGCGCAUGCUGACUGGUUCCGGCCCUCGACUUCCCCGCCCGACCACGCAACGAGCCUCAUCGCUGCCCUGCACUCCAAGGCUCAGCAGGAAGCAGCUGCAGCAUCGGCGGCUUCGCCAAUCGUCACGCCCGUCGGGUCGCCCGGCAAGCAGCACGCACGCAUGAAGUCGAGCGAUACUUCCUCCACGUCCUCCAAGGAAGAAGCUUCCCACGACUCUGCAGCUAGGGCGAGUGAUAAGCAGCACAGCGACAGCACCCCGCCCACGCGUCGCAACACCGUCUCGUCCCUCGCGUCAUCCCACGGAUCAUCCCACGAAGGCGGCAGGCAGAUGUCACCAAACGGCAGCGCCUUUAGCCAGGCCGGGUCCCUUGGGCGCAAGUUCUUCAUGAAUCGUCAAAACUCCAACGCCUCCGUCUCAACCACCUCAACGGGAGACAGCGGGACCAACGGGCCGAAGCGCAACAACACGCUCGCCGCCGUGACCAACGCGGCCAACCAAGCCCGCCAGUGGGGUUGGAACGCCCUACAGCGGCAAAAGGACGCGCGCCGCAACAGUGAGGCCGCCGCGAGCCACGUCGACCUCAGCCAGCCGAUGGGCCGCGGGCAGCCGCUGCCCCCGCCGGGCAUGCCGCUCCCCGGGCCAACCAACGGAAAGACGAAGAUCGUCGCGCCGAUUGCGGUGCCCAGGCGCAAGCCCGUGCCGCCGGCGUCCGUCCCAGAGGAGGAGCACGCGGGUAAGCUGGAAAAGGAGGAUGCGGAGAGGCCUCGGACGAGUCACGCGCAAGAGAGGGAAAAAGACGUGAAGCCACCGCCGCUGCCGCAGCGCCGCCGACGAGGUGCGAGCCAGGCCGAUGAAGACGGUGACGAUGCCGGCGUGGAGAACAUGCUGGUAAUAAGCGCGCCGGACGAUUCUCAACCGCCGACACCGAUGGAUGAUGAGGACGAGGGCUCCUUGUUUGCUCCGACCAAGGUCGAGAGCAACACCUCGGCUGCUGCCGAGGGCAUCCCGAGGAAACCGGUGCCGGUGCCGAUUGCCGUUGUCAAGGAUGUGGACCCGGAGGCGGACAAGACGCCGGUCGCCCACCCCGCCCCGAUCAUCGGGGCGGAGGUUGAUGCUGCUUCCAUUGAUGACCUGGAGUUAGAAGGGGACGGGAAGCCGCUGGUGGCGAUGCCCCUGUCUACGACACCGCCGGAGCCUACUGUCGACGAUGAUGAUGAUGAGGGCCUCGCGGGGUGGCUUGACGAGGACAGUGGCCCUCCGUCGCCGAGCCUUACGGAGGACGCGCUGCCUGCGCCGGUGACGAAUCUUGCGUGA